AUGAUUGGUUUACCACGUAAAGUUAUCCGUCAGGGAGGAUUUUUUUUUCUUUUCUUGAUUUUUGCAACUUUUUUGGUAUUAUUUGCCAAUAAGCAAAAGGUCAUUAUACUAAAUGAUUACUUACCUGUAAGUUUUACUCCUUCAUUUUUCCAACCUGCCGCUGAUCUGUACUUUAUAGAUUUGAGCGUCAAUGGGUGUUUGAAAUUUAACAGAAAUAGUCCCACUUGUGGAGUCCCACGUGACGGCAAUGGCAUGGGCAGCUGGAUCAGGCUUGAGAAAGAUCUUACCUUGGGUAAGUCAUGGACCAACACGUACUACUUGUCGUUCAAAAAAGUCAGUGAGGAAUUGCUCAGAGAAGACACCAAUGGCGAAAAUAGCGGAAAACUGAAGAGAAAUGCGAGAGAAAGCACCUUUGUCAUCAUAGAUAUUGCCAUUUCCAACCCUGAAGUGGAUGUAAAGAUUAAGGGCAAUGAGAAGUCCAAGAUUCCUUUUGCGAUUAUAAAGGAUUUACACACCAGUAAGGUAUUCGAUGAUGUAGCUCAUGAACUAUUAGUCAAAGAAAAAGCGGAAGCAAUGAAGGGUGGCAAGUUGCAAGCUGCCACAGUUGACAAAGACAAGACGGCAAGUAAGAAAAUUGAAAAAGUAAUGCAGUCCGAGUCCCAAAAGGCUGAAGAUAAGGCUAAAGCCGAUGCUCAAGCUGAAGCAGAAAUCAAUAACGUAGUCGAAAAGGCGGAAAAGGUAUUAGAUAAUGUAGACGGUACCCUCCAGAAGAGGACUAUUGAAAAGAGUAGACACGAUUUAGAAGUUGAGUAUAAAAUCCCAAACAAAGCGCAAUUGAAAGAGAGAGGGUGGACUGCUAAGGAUCACGGUAUUUGGGUCAGAUACGGUGCCAGCACAGAUAUCAAUGCCAUUACAGGUAUUGAUGUACUAUUCGGCGAGGAUUCUGUAGAUCCUCGUCCAAAUUGGGAAUUGAUCAAGCUGGGCUCCAUAUCCGGCAUUGGUACUGAUAAGGAUAAGGAAGCUUACAUUUCGAUUCGUAGGGGCCCAAAGAAGGAUUAUAAAAAGGAAUACCCUGGCAAAUUGAAAAUAAAUAAAAAUGGAAAGUACAAGAUUUUACAAGUGGCAGAUUUACAUUUUUCAACCGGUGUUGGUGAAUGCAGAGACCCAAUGCCAGAAUCAACGAAAAAGGGCUGUCAAGCAGACCCAAGGACAUUACGAUUCUUAGAAAAAGUGCUUGACUUGGAGAAGCCUGACUUAGUCGUACUAACAGGGGAUCAAAUUUUUGGCGACGCAGCUCCUGACUCGGAAACUGCUAUAUUCAAGGCCUUACACCCAUUUAUACAAAGAAAAAUUCCAUUUGCUGUCACAUUGGGAAACCACGAUGAUGAAGGCUCUUUAACUAGAGAAGAAGUGAUGGCAUUAUCCGCUAGUUUACCCUAUUCAAUGGCUUCAUUAGGACCACAGGAUGUUGCUGGUGUAGGUAACUAUGUCCUAACAGUAGAUGGACCAGCUUCUACCAACCCUGCAUUAACCUUAUACUUUCUUGACACUCACAAGUACUCUCCAAAUCCCAAGGUUAAUCCUGGAUAUGAUUGGUUGAAGGAAUCUCAAUUAAAAUGGUUGGAAGAGGAAGCUUUGAGUAGGAAAAAGAGCCAAGCUGCCUAUACCCACAUUCAUUUGAGUAUGACCUUUUUCCACAUACCACUUCCUGAGCAUAAAAACACCCAUGGUCAACCAUUCAUUGGAGAAUUAAAAGAACCUCCAACCGCACCAAAGUAUAACACAGGAGCUAGAACUCUUUUGCAAAGACUUGGAAUAAAAGUUGCAAGUGUGGGACAUGAUCACGCCAAUGAUUAUUGCCUAUUGGAUGUUUCACAGAAGGACACUAAUUUGGAAAAUAAAAUAUGGUUGUGUUAUGGUGGAGGAUCAGGAGAAGGUGGUUACGGUGGAUGGGGAGGUUACGUUAGAAGAUUGAGAACUUUUGAGGUUGACACAAAUACUGGAGAAAUAUCUACUUGGAAACGCAGAGAAGAUAAACCAGAUGAAGUAUUUGAUCAGCAAAUUAUUGUUUCAGGUGGGGAAGUUGUAAAUUUUUGA